AUGGCUAACGAAAGGCACACCAUGCAGGCCAGGAACCUCUAUCGCGAAGACCGUGAGGUUUUUGCGAAGAACGAGGGCAAAGAGAAGCUGUACGUUGAAGAGGUCCUGAAGGAUCGGAACUACAAGUUGCGGAAGGGUGUUGACGAAGGGGGUAAACGUGUUGGACGAGGUCUUCGCCGAGACAGAUCUGAGAGACGAGGCGUGGGGUUAGAGGGUACCCCAAUGUCAAAAUCACCAAAGGAUAUUGAGGGGGUACUAAGUGUCCUCUCCACUGGCUCUGAGGAUUUGUGGAAAGAAGAAACACCCUGGAAAUUCGGAUUGAAGGAUGAAUUCGGUCAUACUAUAAGCGCAUACACAGCAGAGCAGAAAGGGACCUGCGACAAGGAGAGAUUUGAAAAGCACCAGAACCAGCUCACUCCGCUAUGCGAAGUGACCAUGCUGAGACGCACCGAGACAUCCCAAUUACGAACCAACCCAAUGCUUCAUCUACCGCCAAUCGACCCCCGACAUGUCCCCAUUGACUUUCCUUCUCAAUAUGUUAACGACCUCGAAAACAUUGAGAAAGGCAUUGCCAAAUGGGAAAAGGAAGCAACUACAGAAGGUCACAAUGUGAGAAAAAGCGACUUCUGGCUAAACUCAACGAAAGCAAGAGCAACCGGAUGCUAUCCGGCUUUGGGUCCCAUCGCACUGUCGGGUGUUGCUAAGUUGACUUGGGGAGAUUAUAUAUAA